AGCACAUUCAGCUCAUCCAACCACCCUUCUUGCCUCGAAAAUAGCCAGCCGCAAUUGCCGCUAUUGAGGUAGUUCAUUUGGGAAGCACUUCUCCCUCCCAGGUCUACAUCGUUUCUUCUCAAAACAUUCGCCUCCGGCUUCAAUCUCAUCCUCUCCAAUGGCUCUUGCAACUCUCAGAACCGCACCUCUGGUGUCCGGUUUCAUUGUGACAAUUAUGAUCUUGUUAGCAACAGCAUUCCAAGGAGCACUCGCAGUAGCACCAGCGACGUCAACAGCAGCAGCAGUAGAAACAGCAGCAGCGGCUGGGACAACGACUGUGAGAGUGCCGAUGAACGGCACUCAGUACCGCACAACUGCUCUGGCGUGCAGCAAGUCGACGCUCGCUGGCUUCGCCAAGAAAGUCACUCUCAAGCCUAAGCUCCUAUUCCACUGGAAAAUCGUCGGAAGUACUCUCUACGGCGCAAUCGUUGCACAGGCAGGCGGCGGGGCGAAGAACGGGUGGAUCUCCGUUGCUUGGACCCAGAGCCCUGGGCAAAUGUACCCUGCAGAUGCGGUAGUGGGGAAUCUCCCGGCGCCGACUCGUGUUAAGGCAUAUGCGAUGAACGGCUACAGCAUGUCAUCAGUUGUUCCGUCAUCCGCAUUCAAAGUGACAGCGACCUCAGUUACGAGUAGCACGUCAGCAACAAUUAUCAAGUUCACCCGGAGCGGCAAGACGGGCCUGUCACCGAUCAAGUAUGCGGGCACAAACAACAUCAUUUGGGCCUACUCGUACUCAGGCUCCUCCAAGGCGUUUGGCGACCACGGUCCAAACUGGGGAUCUGCAAGUGUCAACCUGGCAUGCAACGUCUAAGAUGUUUUAGUUUUGUAAUGGGUGUCAUUAUUGUAAGGUGCAUGCUUUAUCUAUACU